AUGAUAGCACUCGCACUCAUGCUCACGCGGCCGGCGGACUAUAUCGCGCCGAUAGAGCCGCUGCAUGACCUCAGCGGCAUUCGGGAAGAACAGCAGGAAGAUGAGGAUGAAGAACAAUUCAAGGAAAGGCGCAAAGCGAAGGAGCGCCUGCGCCGCGAGAACCAAGAACGGCGCGACGAGGUCGAGAUGACCGAGCGGCUGAGGUCGAAGCGGUGGGCGGACAACGGCUCGGCCUUCGAACGAUUAGCUUAUAUGGUCGCCGUACGCAUUCUGCACGCUUGUGCUGGACGAUACAAGGACGACGAGAAGGUGGAGCUACCGGGUCCUGAGUAUAUUAUGGAAGGCGCUCGUUGGGACGACCCAGGACUUCCGCUGGAGCUCGGAAUGUACCUAAAGGAGCUACUCGAAACGCACGUCGAUAUCCUAUGGAAGGGACGGCUCAAGCAGGGCGGGGCAGGCUCGGACUCGGAAGACAGCGACAGCGAAACUUCGUACCCUGGCAGUGAUUGA